GGCGGUGGAACCAGAUGAGUUGGCCCAUCCUUAGGUAGGACGGGGGAAGGCUUAUUCUAAUGAUGUGCCAGCAGGUGUAACAGGAGGAAUUUCAUGUUUACUGUCAGCUCCUUGUUACUGACACAUCAGGUCUGCUCCUGCCCCGAACACCAACCCCAGGUGGUUCCACUGCCUCCUGACUCACACAACCAUGAGUUUGUACAAUAACCGCUAUGGGAGUCCAAGGAGUUUCAGCAGUCGGUCUCAUGGGUCCUUAUCUGGCAGGCCUUCUGUGUACCGAAUCAGCACCGGCUUCCAGCCAGUAAUGCAAAGGUCUAGCAGUGGGCUCAACCUGUCCCGUAUCACCCCAAGCUCCAGCACUUUCCUGCUCUCCUCACUUCCCAACAUGGAGGUGGACCCCCAAAUGCAGCAGCUGAGGAACCAAGAGAAGGAGCAGAUCAAGGGACUCAACAACCAGUUUGUUAACUUCAUAGAUAAGGUACAGGAUCUCGAAAAGCAGAACAAGAUUCUGGAGACCCAGCUCGCCCUUCUAAAGGAAAAAGACGCAUACAAAUCCAAUAUUGAUCAAAUCACACAAGUAUCAGCAAACCGGUUAAAACAGCAGAUUGACGGACUCCUGCAUGAGAAGGAGAAGCUGCAGUUGGAGCUGCACAACAUGCAGGGACUGGUGGAGGAACUGAAGAACAGGUAUGAGGAUGACAUUAACCGACGGAACCAGAUAGAGAACGACUUUGUACUGACCAAGAAGGACCUGGAUGACGCUUAUCUCCAUAGGGUGGACAAUGAAUCCAAACUGGAGACCCUGACUGAUGAAAUUCAGUACCUUAAGCAGCUGUACAAUGAGGAGUUGAAGGAGCUGGAACAUCAGGUAAACAAUGCCAAGGUCACCGUAUCGAUGGACAACAGUCGUGAUUUUGAGAUGAAGCAAAUCAUGGAUGAAGUGAAGGCUCAGUACCAAGCAAUGACCCAGAAAAGCCAACAGGAGGCUGAAUACUGGUAUAACUGCAAGAUCGAUGACAUGGAGAAUCAGGCAAAACGAAACAAUGAAGAGCUUAAGGCUCUGAGGAAUGACCUAAAUGACUUGAACCGGAUGAUUCAGAGAGCCAGCAGUGACAACGAGGCUAUAAAAAACGAGCGUGCCAACCUGGAAAGUGCCAUAUCUAUGGCAGAGGAACAUGGAGAGGAUGCUGUCCGUAAUGCUAAAUCUCAUAUCCAAGACCUUGAGGUUGCCUUAAAACGAGAAAAACAGGACAUGGCCCUUAAGGUGCGCGAAUGCCAGGAAUUGAUGAACAUCAAGCUGGCCUUGGACAUUGAGAUUGCCACUUACAGGAAACUGCUGGAGGGGGAGGAGACCAGGAUGCAAGACCAAAAACCAAAUCUUCAAGCCAAUGCCAUAGACAAACUGGCCAGUACCCUAAACUUUGAGGUCAAAUCCACCCCGCCAGUCCAGGCAGCACCCAAUCCAAAGAAAGUGGUUCUUGUCAAGACUAUUGAAACAGCUGAUGGCAAGCAAGUGACCGAGGGAUCCAAGUAUUCUGCCCAGUGAGCACCCACCCCCCUCUCUUCUACCGUGCAGUGUGUGGUCAUGAUCUCUGGAGCACAAACACCGUUACUUCUUUAUGGAUAUUUAGUUUUUUUAUUUAAAGAUUUUGCCAAGUUGGUCAGAGUAUCUCAUCCUUUGGACUGAUGCAAAGGAUACGUAAACCUGAGAUUUGUCAAUAGAUCAUUUCCAUUAGCUUCACUAAAAACAAAACUGCUCCCAGCCCUGGGCUGCUCUCCUCUCUUCCCAAUGUCCAGUUGGGGGGCUAGGCAUGAUUCUGUUGAGUGAUCAAAUGCAUUUUGCACUGCAUUGAUUUUAGUUGAAACCAGGCAAAAACAGCUUCCAGCACUAAAGGAAGCUUCUGAUCCACUGAACAGCUCAUACUGCCAUCCAGGUCUCAUAAAUUUGCAUAGCAUUGUUUUCUAAUAGAGCUGGAUGACAGUAUAAGCCUUUCAAUGGAUCAGGAGCUCCCUCUAGUGCUGGAAGAGUACGAAAUGUGAAACUGUUUUAAACUGUUUUCAGUAGGGAUGCACCAAAUCCACUAUUUUCAAUUCGGCCAACCCCCCGAAUCCGUCGCAAAAGAUUCAGCCGAAUACUGCAACCUAAUCCUAAUUUGCAUAUGCAGAUUAAGGGUGGGAAGGGGAAAACAUUUUUUUACUUCCUUGUUUUGUGACAAAAAGUCAUGCAAUUUCCCUCCCACCCCUUAUUUGCAUAUGCAAAUUAGGAUUUGGAUUCGGUUCGGCAGGGCAGAAGUAUUCGGCCGAAUCAGAAUCCUGCUGAAAAAGGCCGAAUCCUGGCCGAAUCUCGAACCGAAUCCUGGAUUCAGUGCAUCCCUAGUUUUCAGCUUAACUCAAUCCAGGGGUGGGGGGCGUUAUGUUUUAUACAUGCACCGUUCUAUUAUACAGCACUACAAAAUAUGUUGACACUGCAAUAUUUGAUAAUGCUACUAAUAAGGUCUGGCUCUGCUCUAUGGAAAGGUACAAGCCAUUUUGACUUAUUCCCGCUUGUCGUGCAGAAUCUGCAUUAAAUAUAUAGAAAUGUGAA